CAAAAUCAGAAGGAAGGAGCUGAUAUUGAGCAGUAGAAAGUGUAAGCAAAAAUGAGUGGAAAGAGAAUGUUGGAUGGGCUUAACCGAGGACAUUGGCACCUUCAGGAAGAUCUGCUUUUGAAGAAAUUUAUAGAAGCAAAUGGAGUGGAGCGUUGGAGUACGCUUCCUGCCAAAGCGGGUUUGAAGAGGUGUGGAAAGAGUUGCAGAUUGCGAUGGAUGAAUUACCUCCGUCCCAAUGUGAAGCGCGGUCACAUUUCUGAGGACGAAAAAGAUCUUAUUAUAAGGCUUCACAAACUGCUUGGAAACAGGUGGUCGCUGAUUGCCGCCCGUAUACCGGGAAGAACAGACAAUGACGUAAAGAACUUCUGGAAUAUUCAUUUGAGUAAGAAGUCAAGCUGCAAUGGAGUAAACCUCAAGCUAAAAGAUACCACCGACGCAAAAAUGACCUUAAAAUCCCCGGCCAAGAGGAAUUCUCAGUGUCAUAACUUAAAACUGCAAAUUGAUUCGACCCCCAGUCCAGAAAAAUUCAAGCAAUUAAAUCAUCUUUGCAAGGAAGAAUCAGAUAACCUGAAUAUAUCUACCAAGCUGAAAUAUAUGAAAAAAGCUUGCAAUACCAUAUCUUCAUGUGGGACAAGUGAACCACCAAGUACAGUAUACAAAACUCCAUCUCCAUCAAAGACUCCUGCUCAAGAGAAUUCUAAUGGAAUCCUAUGUGAUAUUCAGGAGACCAUAGAAGUUGUCACAACUCCAAGCCAAUAUCAAUCUGAUCACUUGCCAGAUUCUGAUUUGUUUUGGUCUGGUUGUGUCCCAUGGCUGGACUCCAACGAUUGUGAUUAUGUCUUUGACAGUACAAGUUAUUUUACCGAUGGGCAGCAGAAUAACCUCAUUUCUCACUUUGAUUUUUGAGACAUGGUAAUAAUGUUUCAGGUACAAUCAGAACUUCAAUUGUUGUAUAUUUUUUUCUAAUGGA